AUGUUUUCAAAGCCGUUCGUCUGCAUCAUCGUUUUCUUGGGAUACCUUCUGAGUCGGUGCGCUGGCCUUGGCGAAAUUCUUGUAACAGGAUCAAAUCCCAAUGUAACUGGUCUUACAUCGAAUGCUACUAUUUUCAGAACAACUUCAUUGUAUGACACUCCGAUUACAGUGUCACUAGCAGUUUAUCAACGAGAAGUAAACGAUACAAUGAAGGAAACUCUACGCGUAGUCGGUGGUAGUACAAAUCUUGAUUCCAUGGAUCGUUGUAUUGCUUAUGGCGUUUCAUUCAGAUUCUUGGGACAAUAUCCGAUAAUUAUGAAUACGGAAACAGGAAAUGGAGGGUGCAAUGCUAUUUUAGGAGAAGAGUGUGCAGAAAAUCUUCGCCUUUCGCUGCGAAAAUUAUUAAAUCCAAUCGAUGCAACUGCUUGUGGGAUCAAUCUAGAUACCCUUUUGAAUAUACAUGAAGGGUGUCCUAAGAACUAUGGAAAUGGAGUUCUGGUCAGUUCAACUUUUCUCGAUGAUGGCUCGUUUCUGUACAACAAUCUAUCGGUUGCAAAUUCAUCUCAAACAUGGAUCUAUGAACAAAGUCCACCGUCGCCGACUGGUGAUUACGAUGAAAUUACUAAAUAUUUCGUUUUCGUAUAUUUUCUUGGACGAUCUUAUACGUCCGAAGUUGUGGAUUCAGCUAUUGCAUGUUUGUCCAUCUAUGAUCAAACAGUUCCACUCGAUAACUUCGCAAGAGAUUCUGCCAACAUUGACAUCUCAUUCAUUUUGUUCAUUGUACCACAUUUCUUUUUCAUUCUCUUUCUAUAA